AUGCCACUUCCGACUUUCAGAUUCCCCAGACGCUCAAAAUCUGUCUCAGCACCAAUCAAAUGGAUACCUCACUACAGGUCUGUUGAUGAAGAAGAAAUUAAAGAGGAAGUGCUGAGUACCUCGGGCCUCGAGACAAAAGAAGAGCCCGUGGUUGUUCGCGAAUUUAGAGACGAGGCCAACAAGUCGUGGUGGGCAUACUUUGACGAGUAUGAGUACAGAGAAACCAAGGAAGAGGCCAAGAGCCAUCGGUUCUGGUAUUGGUUCGAACCAGGUACUUCCGCAGCAGAGAAAAAGUUGAUUUGCAAGCUGGAUUUUAUUUUGGCGUUUUAUGCCUUCAUGGGAUACUGGAUCAAGUUCAUUGAUACCGCCAAUUUGAACAACGCAUAUGUCUCUGGAAUGAAGGAAGAUCUUGGUAUGAAGGGUAACGAUUUGAUCAACACCCAAGUCUUAUUCACGGUGGGUCAGAUCAUCUUUGAGUUGCCUUGGAUUUAUUUAAUGCCUCGUGUUUCUGUCACUUAUGCCGUCUUUGGGUGUGAGAUGAUUUGGUCUCUUUUCACCCUGGUGAUAUACAGAGCUGAGAGUCCAGCAGCCCUGAAAGGUUUCAGAUUCGUGGUUGGUUCAGCUGAGGCGAUUUUCUUUCCAGCCGUUCAUUAUAUGUUAAGUUCAUGGUACAAACCUACUGAGAUCAGUAGAAGAGGAGGUUUCUUUUACAUGGGUCAGUUUUUGGGUGUUCUUACCUCGGGUCUCCUUCAGUCUGCUGCCUUCAGAAAUUUGAACGGAGUCAACGGGCUUCCUGGCUGGAAGUGGAUGUUCAUUAUUGACGGGUGUAUCUCGUUUGGAGUUGCUCUUCUUGGAUUGGUUCUUAUUCCUGGUACUCCCACCAAAUGCUACUCGCUUUGGUUGACUGAUGAUGAGAUCAGAUUGGCCAGGAAGAGAAUGGAGGAAAACCACUCUAACUUGUCCAAGGUCACAAACAAAAGUUUCUUGGAUCUCAAGACCUGGAAGAGAAUCCUCACCUCAUGGCACGUAUAUCUCUUUUCGGUUGCCAACAUCUUUUUCUUCAACGUCAACAACACCUCGUCAGGUUCGUUUUCACUUUGGCUGAAAUCUCUAGACAGAUACUCCACUGGAAAGUUAAACAACCUGAGUACCCUCCCACCAGCCCUGGGAAUAAUCUGGAUUUUUAUUUCGUGUUGGGGAGCUGAUUUCACUAGAAAACGGUUCUUCAUGAUGGUGUUUGCCAACACUCUCAACUUCAUUGCCAACGUGGUUCUGGCAGUGUGGGAUGUGAGCGAGAAAGCAAAAUGGUUUGGAUUCUGUAUGUCGUACUGGUCGUGGGCUCCGUCUUCUAUUCUCUAUCCUCUCAUUCACGAUAUGCUGAGACACGAGGUCAACCAGCGGAACAUUGAAUGGAUGAUAAUUUACGUCAUGGGGCUUCAAUCGUCAGCUUGGAUUUCCAGACUUAUCUUCCCAACUGUGGACUCUCCUUCUUUCCCCAAGGGUUUCUCCACCUGUGCUGCCUUUUCUAUGGCUUUCUCGUUCACUCUGGCUCUAGCCUAUGUUUUAUACAAACGUGACGAGAAAAAGAGAGCUAUGGAAUACGGUAUCUAUGUCUAUAACUCUGCCAAGGGAGAAACCAUUCCACCUGAGCUUGAAAAGAGUCACCGUGAGUCCAUUGAAUCCACCCAGAUUGCUGGUUUGGAUAGCUCGAAGGAGGCGAGUUUGAAAGAAUGA